GAAUUAUUUAGCAUACAUUAUAGAUGGCGCGCACAAUUUUCUGACGUUUAAGACACUUUUGAUAUUUGUUUUGUUUCUGAAAUUCUGCUGAUUCUGCUUGAAUCUGUUGAGUACACAGAAUAAUAUUGAAACUGAUUUGUCUUCGUCUGCAAAUAUUUAAACAUAAUGGUCAGGUGACAGCAGAUUUACCGUGAUCGAAUGUUCAAAGCCUAACCUCCAACAGUUGAAGAUGUUCCGUUCUUUCACUGUUCAAUUAUUUCUUAUAAAUUUCUGUUCAUUUGUUUUCACUGACGAUUGUUCUUGCGGACAAGGUUUAAAUCGAAAAUCGAAGGAUAAUGCCGAAACGGGUGAAUCGUGUUCAGCCCGCAUAAAAGAUUCACUGGAAAAUGAAGUGAAUGUGGAUCGGAAAAGUAACCAUAAAGAAAUGGUAUUAAUAAAUGGUGGAACAUUCGCAAUAGGAACAAAUGAGCCAAUAUUUGUGGCAGAUGGAGAAGGACCAAAAAGAAACGUAGUAUUGGACAGUUUCUUCAUAGACAAAUAUGAAGUUAGUAAUAGAGAUUUUGAAAUAUUUGUUAGUUCGACCGUAUAUAAGACGGAGGCUGAAAAGUUUGGAGAUUCUUUUGUUUUCGAAGGUCUGUUAAGCGAGAAUGUUAAAAGCAGUAUCGAUGAAGCCGUUGCUCAGGCUCCAUGGUGGUUACCAGUAAAAAAUGCUACCUGGCAACACCCGGAAGGACUUGAUUCUGAUAUAUCAGAUAGAAUGGAUCAUCCAGUUAUCCAUGUUUCUUGGAACGAUGCGACAGCCUAUUGUAAAUGGUUGGGUAAAAGAUUACCAACGGAAGCUGAAUGGGAAGCAACAUGUAGAGGUGGUCUUUCCGAUCGUUUAUAUCCUUGGGGUAAUAAGUUAACUCCUAACGAUAAACACAGGACUAAUAUUUGGCAAGGGGUAUUUCCACAAAAUAAUACCGCAGAAGAUGGUUACAAAGGAACGUCGCCAGUCACUAAAUUUCCUCCUAAUAAAUAUGGCAUUUACAAUAUUGUUGGUAACGUGUGGGAAUGGACGUCCGACUGGUGGUCUGUACGACAUCCGGAAGAGGAACAAAUAAAUUUUAAAGGACCACCAAGUGGGACCGAUAAAGUGAAGAAAGGUGGAUCUUACUUAUGCCACGAGAGUUACUGCUACAGAUACAGAUGCGCAGCUCGCAGCCAAAACACUCCUGACACAUCUGCUGGAAAUUUGGGUUUCAGAUGUGCAAUGUCAGCUUGAUAUUUUGAUAGAUUUUUCAUUUUAUAAAUUCAUGAUACUGUGAUAUAAUAUUGUUUGAUGAUCUGAUAUGUUACUACCAAAGGGAGAGGUAUACUUUUAGCAUUAGUCAUUAAGUAGGUAGCGGUGAUCAUGGCGGCAUUUAAUAAUGUCAAUAAUAUUUUUACUUAUUACUAGAAUACGAAUACAAAUGCUAGUGAUAUUUUUUAUCAAUGAAUCAUGUGAUUGCAACUUAUUUGUACGAAAAAAAUUUAGCUAUAUUAAAUGGUAAAGAUUUAAUUACUUAA